AUGGAUCACCUGACUGCGCUCUUCCAGGAGAUGUGGCGUAAAGGCGAAGUCCCGCAAGACUUCAAAGACGCAACAAUCGUGCACCUAUACAAGCAAAAAGGGAAUCGCCAAAUAUGCGACAAUCACCGCGGCAUCUCCCUGCUGAACAUCGCCGGGAAGAUCUUCUCUCGCAUCUUUCUCAACCGCCUCAAUAACCUCCUCCUCCUCCUCCUCCUCCUCCUCCUCCACUACCACCACCACUGCCCCAACGUCGGCCGCUCAGGCAGCCGUAUCGCACAUCACCAACCGCGACACAACAACCGGCAUCACCCCCGCCUCUCCCGACUCCAGCAAUGAGAAUCAGGUCUACACCUGCCCUCACUGCGAUCGCACCUUCACCUCACGUAUCGGCUUGGUCGGUCACUUGCGAAUUCAUCGCACAGAGUCCGGCAAACCAGUGCACGGAGCACCAACCUACACCCACCGCACUCGCCUCCACUACCCACACUGCACUCGCACCUUCACGCAUCGCAUGGGUCUAUCCGGCCACAUGUGCAUCCAGGAGAGCGGAAUUGACCACAAUUCCGACACGCCAAGCACGCCCAUGAUGCCCAGCACCACCCUCGCACCGUCCAUCUGCGCCACCACCAACGCCUCCUUUGUAGCUGAUUCUGACACCACCGACUUCACAUGCCCACACUGUCCACGCACAUUCACCUCACGCAUGGGCCUGGUCAGUCACUUGCGAAUCCAUCACACAGAGACCAGAGAACCAGUGCCUAGAGCACCAACCUACACCCACAAAGCUCGUCUCAACUGCCCACACUGUCCUCGCACUUUUAGGCACCGCAUGGGCCUAUUCGGCCACAUGCGCAUCCACGACGACUUGCGGUAG